AUGUCCCAAGCGGUGGAUUCGAUCAGCGUGCCGUCCCCUGCAGACUUUCAUGUACACUUGCGCCAAGGCGAGAUGAGCGCUUUGGUCACACCGCAUGUUGCAAGCGGUGGUAUGGACCUAGCGUAUGUGAUGCCGAACCUGGCCCCUCCGCUGACCAAUGCCAAGCAAACGGUCGACUACGUACACUCGCUUGAAAAGCUUGCGCCGGGCACGGAGUUUUGCGGCACAAUGUACCUGUGUCCCGAGCUGACUCCUGACGAGAUCCGUCGUGCAGCGAAAGCGCACAUCGCCGGCGUCAAGAGCUAUCCCCGCGGUGUGACGACGAAUAGCGACGGCGGGAUUGAGAACUACGAGGUGUACUAUCCUGUAUUUGCAGCGAUGGAGGAGACGAAUAUGGUGUUGAAUUUACACGGCGAGGUUCCCUCCGAUGCCGAGGAAGGUGUGUGUGUGCUGAACGCCGAGCCGCGCUUUCUAGGCCACCUGAAAAAAAUCCACAGCCAGUUUCCGAAGCUGCGUAUUGUGCUGGAGCAUGCGACAACGCGUGCUGCGGUGGAGUGUGUACGUAGCUGUGGCGACACGGUUGCAUGCAGCAUUACACCGCACCAUCUCGACCUGAUUGUGGAUGACUGGGCAGGCAAGCCGAUCAACUUUUGCAAGCCGGUGGCCAAGUACCCCGACGAUCGUGCAGCGCUGCGCGAAGUGAUUCGCGAAGGUCACCCUCGCUUUUUCUUGGGCUCUGACUCUGCGCCGCACCCUCUUGCAAACAAGUACCCCUCAACGACCUCGCGGGGAAGCGCCGAUGCACUCGUGCACGACUGUGGGUGUGCCGCGGGUAUAUAUACGCAACCGAUUCUUUUGCCGCUGUGUGCGACGCUGCUGGAAUCGUUUGGCGCACUCGACAACUUGGGUAAGUAUGUCUCCGAAAACGGCCGUGCAUUUUACCAGCGACCUGCACGCCCAGGGAGAGAGGUCGUGCUGCGCCGCGCUAUUGGGGACGAGAGCAAGGUUCCAAGUGUAUAUGUACAUCCUUCCCAUGCACACAAAUCUGAAGAGGACCCUACAAAGCUCGAGGUGGUGCCAUUCUAUGCAGGCAAGCAGCUUGCCUGGGUCAUUGCGUAG